AUGGCUUGUGUCGAAAAGCACGAUGAGCAUUGGAGUUAUAACGAUCCAAACCAAUGGCCGAAAUUUUUUCUCGCCGCAUCCGGCCUUUCUCAAUCACCGAUCGAUAUACCAACAGCUGAUACAGUUUUUCAGUCCUAUCCACCAUUUAUAUUCUCCGAAAAAUAUCAUUCGAAUGAACUAUUCAAAUUAGUCAACAAUGGUCAUCAAGUGGCCGCGACAUUAGCUGAUCACACAUAUGGACAGAGUGAAAAAGACUUAUGGUUUACAGGUGGUGGCAUUAAGGGAGUGUUCUAUUUUGUUAAUUUUCAUUUACAUUGGGGCAAAAAUGAUCGACACGGUUCGGAACAUGAAAUCGAUGGUCAUCGGUAUCCAGCUGAAGCUCAUGUUGUUUUCAAAAACCAUGAAACUGGACAAAUAGCUGUCUUUGCAUUUCUAUUCACCGUUACGAAUCAUUGGUACGAGGAAAAUCUCGAAUGGGAGAAAUAUUGCGAUGCCGCCGGUCAAUUAAUGAACAUCGAUGAUACUAUUCAGUGCAUGUUCAAUCUUAGUCGCCUUAUGCAAGCUAACGAAAGACGGUUCUUUCGUUAUAUUGGAAGUUUAACGACGCCGCCAUGCAGCGAAGGCGUCAUAUGGACCAUAUUUACGAAUACGGUGCCGGUAAAAGAAGAAAGUUUGAAUCAACUUCGUCAAAAUGUCAUGCGGAAAGUUUAUCGACCCGUUCAGCCAUUGAAUAAUCGUGUGGUUUUCAUAAGCAAUUAA